AUGUCCGGCCCACCAUCUGCAGAAACCGGGGUCAAUGUCAAGUCUACAGAGGACGCCAUGGCGCAAACUCCGGUCCCACGUCGCCGGGGAGGUGGCAAGAGGACGCCUCUGAGCUGCCGGGCUUGUCGUCAGCAUAAGCUCCGAUGUGAUCGCCGAGUGCCAUGCGGCACUUGCAUUCGCUAUCAUCGCGAGACGCAGUGUCUUCAGAAUCCAGCGCCUCCACGAAGAAAGCGGGGUCCUGCGUCAGCACCACAGCGGGAGCAGCGAGUCUCUGAGCAGCUCGAUGCCUACGCGAUACGAAGUCCCCUCCUGGGUGGUGACUGCAAUGGCUCACAAGAAGUUGUCGACUCCAAUCAAGGGACGGACAGCAGCGUUCUUCCUACGGGUGGACAUGUCGGUGAACAGAGCUCAACAUCAGCAGCGGUCUCAGAGGGGUUUGCAUCCUUAGCCAAGCUCAUAGGCCUGGGUACGACGAUGGAUGGACAGGCGCCAGCAUCAUUACCCCAGAUUUUGGCAGAGGCCAACCGUACACAAGAAUCUCUUCCAUCUUGGUGGAGCUUCCUCGACCCUUCACAUGCUAAACAUCUCUGGCGCCAGCAGCUGAUGUCCGUAUUGCCAUCCAGACCUCAGUGCGAUCUUCUCACCAAUUACUACUUGGAACACGUCAAUUGGAUAUUCCAGACAAUUCAUGGCCCUUCCUUCCGUCGAGAGUACUCCAAUCUCUGGGAUACAAGGCCAGACCAGGUUGAUCUCAUCUGGCUGUCGCUGCUUCUCACUGUGAUUUCCGUGGCAGCACUCUAUGUGCCUGUGGAAGCGGUUGAGAUAGUAGGAUGUCCCCGUGGUGCGAUUCGCCAUCUCGCGCGCGUGUGGCAUAUCGCGUCUCAACACGCUUUGCGGGCAGGGGAGUACGACGUGAGGCCUUGCUUGACUCAACUUCAGACAUUUUCGGUUACGCAGCUGUACUGGUAUGCGACCAACAACAUUGAGACCAUGAAUUCGCACUUGGGGCAAGCUGUAAGACAUGCCCAAGCCAUCAACCUGGACAGAGAUACAUCACCAUCAUCUUGUCUGCAAGAUGAGAUGCGCCAUCGUCUCUGGUGGGAUCUUGUCGAUUCUGAUAUAGCACGCGUAUUCCAGAUCCUCAACCGCCAUUUCUGUGCCAAUAACGGGGCUGGCUUUGGAUCGUAUGACGAUAUCCAAACACUGGAUGCUGAGAUUCUGGAGGUAGUCGCAAAGCUGCCGUGGUACUUUCAGCUCGAUGACCGCGGCCAGCCCCCUCGCAUUGCUGCACCUCUCUAUGAGAUACUCACUUGGCAGAAUCAUAUCCUGCGAACUUGCAUUAGCACUCAACGGAUACGUAUGUACAAACCAUUCCUCGCAGCGCGAGUGGAAGGCGCAUGGGACAACGUCGUCAAAGCGGCAGAAGGUGCGUUGGUUGUAUACCAAACACUCCGGAUAGACAGAGCACCGACCUCACGUCUCAAAUUUCUCGCCCAGGCAUAUCAGAUAUUCUCUGUGGCUGUCACUAUCGCAGCACUGCUGCUGAUCGAAGGAACACUCCCGAUUCCAGAUGUCCAGCAGAAGCUCAGGAAUAUGGCUACAGAUUUGAAGAUGCUAGAAGUCCAGGGCUGCCCGGUGCCAGUAGCAACACGGGGUCGACAGAUCUUAUUACGGAUGCUCACUCUCUACGAGAACAGGGCUACCGACCCAAAGUCUCCCGAAGACGCUGCGCGUCUUGUUCCCGACAUAUCUGUCAUCCUGGGCGGAGAACACACAACGCAAGCAUACAUGCGACGGCUGGCAUCACAAGUGCAGACUGCAACACCAGAGUCGGUUCCAGUUAUAACGCAACAUACGCCACCCAUGGAUGAGGAAGGCCAGGAUGAGACUGACGUUCCGGCGAUCUUGAACCCAGAAGGGAUAGUAAACUUCUCUCCUGAGCCACUUGAUCAGAUUACUUGGGGAGCUGGUGUGCUCGGUGAUCUAGACCCAGCACUGUUCCUGGAGGAUGAGAGAUCUUUCGAGAUAUUAAACUGGGAUAUGACUGGCUUCUUGGCAGAUGCACAAAACAAACAGAGCUUCCUUUCUGGCAAGACUGCCAUCGUGACAGGCGGCGCGAACGGCAUCGGCCUCGAGACGGUCCGCAUGUACCAUGCAUCUGGCGCAAAUGUCGUGAUUGCGGACCUUCCAGGGGCCAAACCAUCGGCUGAGGCUGCUAUUGAGGACCUUGAGGACGCCCGACGCGCUUUAUUCGUCCCAGUCAAUAUUAUCGACUUUGAAGAUGUGCAGCGUCUUUUCAAGGAGACUAUCAGCCGGUUUGGGAAGGUCGAUAUCGUCAUUGCCAAUGCAGGUAUCAUGGAAACGACCAGGUUCUUCGAGUUUGAGACAGACGAGGCUGGAGAUCUGAAAGACAAUGGCACCGGAAAGGUAAUUGAUGUGAACUUAAAAGGGACUAUGAACACUCUGAGACUUGCUGUUUUCCAUAUGCAGCAGAAUCUCCCGGAUCCUUCAGGGUGGCGGGGCUCUGUGGUCCUUGUUUCCUCGACAUCAGGUUAUUUCGGAGGAACAGAAGUGGUCUCAUACAUCUCUUCCAAGCACGGCGUGAUAGGCCUCUUGCGAUCAUCGCAUGCUCCAGCUGGACGCCUCGGGGUCCGUGUCAACUGUGUGGCUCCCUUCAUCACCCCAACACACAUCACAGAGGGCUACUCGGCGGCUUGGAAAGCCGAGGGCCUUCCUACCAAUACCCCUCAAGAUGUGGCCCGCGGAAUCACCCAUAUGUCGCUAGACACCGGCCUGCAAGGCAAAUGUUGUUUGGUCGCAGGAGGAACAUUUCAAGAGCUGGAGGGGCCUAUCGCAGCCUCCCUGGCUAUUUGGGUAGGCGAUACUAUUGCUCAAGUCUUUGCACAGGCGACAAGCUUUUUCCGCAAGAUUGGAGGCUAUCCGCUUCCCAAACCGAGGCAAAAUUGA